AGUCCCUUCCCUUGUUAUAUUUGCCCUUCCAAAAUCCCACCUUUUAAUCUCUCUCUCUCUCUCUCUCUCUCUCUGUGAGUCUCUCUGUUGUGACUGAUUUUGUUUUGAUUGUUGAAGCUGAUUUUUGCAAUCAUAUUCUGGGGUUUUCUGUGUUGUUGAGAGUCAAUGACAGCUCCAAACAUGGCGACGAUUGCUGCUUCUCUGGAGAGGUCUCUCCAAAACUGCUCCUUGAACCACCAUCAUCACCACCAGCAACAGCAACAGAGCAGCAGCUGCAUCUUCACAGGCGGUGAAGGGCAAGCGUCAAGCGUUACGCGGCAGGGAAGGUCAUCGUCUUCAACCUCAUCAACCUCAGAUGAUAUUGCGCACCUGAAUCAACUGCUUCCCAAUUACAGCAAUGACGCCACUUUAGAGCUCAACUCCCAUGUCUCUCUUCCUUACCAUUGGGAACAAUGCCUCGAUUUAAAGACAGGGGAGAUUUACUACAUAAACUGGAGGAACGGGAUGAAAGCAAAAGAAGAUCCAAGAGCAAGAGCAGAAUACAGUGGAGAAUACUACUCAGAAGACGAAAAUAGCUCCUAUGAUAGCGAAGAGUCUUCGACUGAGUCGUCGCCAUCUUCGUGCAGACAGAGGUACCAGCUGCAGAAGAUAGAGAAUAUUAACAAUAACGAGCACAAUAAUAUUAACAACAACAACAACAAUAAUAAUAAUAAUAAUGUGUUGGUAGUGGCUGGCUGCAAAGCCUGUCUCAUGUAUUUCAUGGUUCCAAAACAGCUCGAAGACUGCCCCAAAUGCUCUGGUCAACUUCUCCACUUUGAUCGAUCCGAAAAUGGCUCCCCAUGAUCAUCCAUCACAUUCAUUUCUCUUCAAUUUCUUACUCCACUUUUUUUUUUUGUUUUGUUUUGUUUUGCUCUUUUUCUUUCUCUAUCCAUCCCGGAAACUAGAAUCCAUUUGUGCUCUAAAAAGCUCCACUGAGUCUGAGACUCUGAAUUGAUAGACAGAUUACAAAUGGGUUAUUAGUUUGGUGGUUGUUGUUUAACUAAUCCUUUGUUUUUUUUUUUAAAUUUUGGUUGAAUUGUUUGGGAGAGAGGCCAUGGGAGUGGCAUAGACGAGACCCUACAGUGCCAGCGUAGAAACAAGGUAGCAGGAAUUAUAUUUGGUAAUGAUUGCGACGUGUAGGUUUCCUUCUCUUUUGUUCCAUGAUCAUCUCUUAUUUUAUUUAUCUUCACAUUUUCUACAUAUUUUUUUUAAUAUCCAGAUUAUUCGUUAUUAUUUAA